AAUAGCCAUUCGUUCUCCGGCGUUCUCUCUUUCUGGUAGUUUCAGUUUCAGCUUUGUCGCCACAAAGAAAAUGAUGGAAACGGCGAAACAAAAGCGAUAGCUGCAGAGAAAUCUAACCAAGGAAAAUCGCCUUUGCUUCCUUUUGCCUUCUUUCUCCAUUGUCACUCUUUUUCACUCGCCCCAACUCUGCUUCUUCCCCAAUUUCGGUCUCCCCGUCUCCGUCAUGGACCGCCACCAGGGUUUUCCUCCGCCCGCCGCCGUCACCGAUGCGAAUGCUUCUGCUGCAACCGCCGCCGCCGCCUCAGGUUCCUCCGCCAGAGGAAGCAUUGCCGAGAGAAGGGCUGCCACUUGCGGCUUCAAAGCCGAGAGGAUCACUUCUCCCCGCUUCGGCACUACCGCCAGUCCUUUGGAUUCCUCUGCCGCUCACUCUCCUUGCAUUACCAUUCCCGCCGGAAUUAGCCCCACCGCUCUCCUCGAUUCCCCAGUUUUGCUCCCAAAUUCUCAGCCUUCUCCAACAACUGGAAGUUUUCCAUCAACCCUUCUCGGUUAUGAAAAUGGGGCACUCAAUGGCGAUAUGAACCCAGUUGGUAGUGCUGAAUCUUCCUUCAGACUCAAACAUCAUGGAGAUCAAGACUCCCAGCAAAGAUUUUCAACUAUGGAUAAUCAGGGAUAUAAUGUUGGCUCACAGGCUCUUGCUUUAGCACCAAUGGAUUUUGAAUUUCCUGCAGAGUUUUCGAAGGAGGCAACUGUAAAUAGUUGUAGAGGGGACCUGGUCAAUGAUACUAAACCAGUAAAUAGUAUGGUUUUGCCCAACUUCAUUGAUGCACAGAUUUGUCAUUCUGUUGCAUCUAGAAACCAAUCAUCUGUACAAAGGAGACCUUUAAAUGGUAGAAGUGAUGUUAUCCAUCACCCUGUGGAAGACCAGAAAAGCACAUUCACCGGGACAGGAGGAGGUGGGAGAACUUCGGAAGAUGGAUACAGUUGGAGAAAGUAUGGACAGAAGCAGGUGAAAGGUAGCGAAUACCCAAGAAGCUACUACAAGUGCACCAACCCGAGUUGUCAGGUGAAGAAAAAGAUAGAGCGGUCACUUGAUGGCCAAAUAACGGAGAUAAUCUACAAAAAUGCUCAUAACCAUCCCAAACCUAAUCAAGUCCGUCGAGGAGCGCAGCUUGAAUCUUCACCCACUGCUGAUGACAAUCCAGAUAUUGAUGAAGGCAACGGAAGAAACUGUGUUAAGAUUGAAAGAGGAUCGCUCGUUGUUAAAAAUGCAGAGUUAGGUAAAAAAGAUAACAAUGAACCCGGUACUGAUUGGAGGGCAGCUGAUGGCCUGGAGAGGACAUCUUCUGCAUCUGCCAUGACAGAGCUUUCUGAUCUUUUGUCAACUAACCAAGGGAAAUCUGUGGUGACAUUUGAAUCGGUUGAAACACCAGAGCUCUCCUCUGCAGUUGCCAGUCAUGAAGAAGAUGAUGAUGAUGGGAUAACUCAGGGAAGCAUAUCAGUUGGAAGUUACAUUGAUGAGGAAGAAUCUGAUUCCAAAAGGAGAAAGAUAGAGAGCUGCCUGGGUGAGUCAAAUGUGUCAUCCAGGGCUGUCCGGGAGCCAAGAGUUGUUGUCCAAAUAGAGAGCGAGGUAGACAUCCUGGAUGAUGGAUAUCGCUGGAGGAAGUAUGGUCAAAAAGUUGUCAAAGGCAAUCCAAAUCCCAGGAGUUACUACAAAUGCACGAGCCUAGGUUGUUCAGUGAGGAAGCAUGUGGAGAGGGCCUCCCACAAUCUGAAAUACGUUAUCACCACAUAUGAAGGGAAGCAUAAUCACGAAGUGCCGGCAGCAAGAAACAGCAAUAGUUUAAGCUCAAAUGGCAGUUCUCUGUCCCAAGCUUCUGGCAACACACAGCCUGGUUUGACACUACCCAGAGGUGGAGCCUCUGUCCCGAAACCUGAAACGCAGAUGCAAGAUUUCAUGCCUGGUUUUGAUCGAAGAUCGCUGUUUAAUAACAGCAGUGAUUAUCUGAGAGGUGGUUUCUCUGGGAACUUCGUCAGUGAGAUGAAGCUGGAGCCAAUUUAUUCAAUGAAGUUCCCUGCCAUGCAGAGCAGCACCCCUUACGGCUCCUACAGUUUCAACUCCACCCGGACACCGAUCCAUCACCCGGGUUCCAUGGGGCCACUUGUUCCACAGUUCCCAUUGCCGCUGUCCUCGAGUCUGCACACAUUGGGUGGCGUUGACUUGUCGAAUCAUGUGCCUCCAGGUAUGGGUCAAGUUGCUCAGCCUUUUAUCCCAGGUCAGCAGAUGAUCAGGCCUAAACAAGAACUGAAGGAUGAUAAUUUCUAUGAUGCCGGCGCAGCCUCCUCCAUUGUUAAUCAAUUAAAUGCAUCUCAGCCCCAGCUCUAUCAACGCAUUAUGGGAAAUUUUCCAUCUUAGAUGAUAAUGUGCUCUGCAUCUAAGCUAGGUUAGGAUUAGGAAAAAAAGAAAGGGUAAAGAAAGGCGAGAUAAGAAAGGAUAGAGACUAUAACGAGUCUCUGUUCUGUUUUGCACAGCAAAAUUGCCGUGAGUUUUUGUCUGUGACUUGGGUUUUUCUAUUUUGGAUACCUGUAGAAAGGCAGGGUUUAAGAAUUUAUAGAAGAAUAUAGGGAAAAGAGAGGAGAAAGAAGGAAGAUAGAAGCAUAGAUAGCAGUAUUUUUCUUCUUAUCAAUAUGUAAUUUGGUUCGUUUCAUAAUUAUAAGCAAUCCAUGAGC